AUAAACCGCACACGCGUGGACACGGAUGUGCGCAUGUUUGUACACAGAGUUUGACUGAGCCAAUUUCGUACCAAAGCUGUAGCCAGCUGUGGAAACUGUCAAGAAAUCAUACAUGACGUUGAAGCGUCUGCUUUAUUGUUAUUCUGUGUCGCACAACGUACCACAGCUUAUCUAGUUUACGAAUCCAAAUGGUUAUAAGUGUGCGAGAAAGCAUGAAAAAUAUAAAAGCGCCUCUGCGUAACUUUCAAAAUAUGAUGCUUUUACUGCUAGUUUGUUAUUGGUCCACAUUUGUGUACGCAUCAAUGGAUCCCUAUGACCCAGAUGAGUGCAUCACAAUAGAUUCGACCACUUCAUCCGGGACAGUGUAUCAAGGCAAGUUGAACAAAGCAUUCGAUGGAACGGAAUGUCAACCAUGGAGCGCACAUCCCCAUUUCUAUCGAUCUCACUGGUCGAAGGAGAAAGCCAAGCAGGAGCAGAAUUACUGCCGAAAUCCAGAUAAUGAUUCACAUGGACCAUGGUGCGUGGUGCAUAAGACAACUUUCAAGUACUGUAAUGUACCUCGUUGCGCCAAAGAUGUAGAAUGUUAUGAGGGCAAUGGCGAAGAGUACUCAGGGUUUCAAGACCGAACAGCAGAAGGAGUUCCAUGUAAAACCUGGACACAAACAAGUGUCGUUAGAACAUCCAGAAAACUAUACCGCUUUCGUAUCCAAGAAAACGAAACACACAGUUCUGUACUACGAACAACGGAUGACUUGCUGGACAACUUCCAGUAUUGCCGAAAUCCAGCUGGAUCAAAAAGUCGACCAUGGUGUUAUACGAUACCAGUCACCGGAAUGAAAAGCGAAUACAGUUAUUGUGAUGUACCCAAAUGCUCUGACCCAAGUCCGUUGGGGUACAUAAAUUCUGGAAGUGGAAGUCCUUGCGCUGACGGUUUUGUGCAACAAACCCAAACGGUUUUGUUCGAAGGUAAACGCAAUGUAAAAAUUACUUAUUGCCUGGCACCCAUUCGUCUACUCUACCCAAAGCAACGCCAACCACAGUAUGCGCCUUUCACGGACUUCUGUCUUUAUCUGAUGGAAGAGUUUACAUUCUGUCCUGCAGGAUUCAGACGAACGGAGCGAUUCCAAUCAAACUUUGGACUUUUCAAGCAUUUUUCUGGCCCAUCUGCUUGGAGAGCAACAAGCGAUAACAUUCUGCAGCAUAUUUUCUGUUGCACCGAACCGCACUAUUUUCGAAACCACACUCUAAAACCAUAUAUAAUGGUCGAAAAAGUGGCUCGAUACAAACCACAUAUACAAGAUAUUUCGGAGGUAACAACGCUGCCCUUGAAUAGAUUGCGACAAACACGACAAACCGCAGAUGUGCAGCAACCUAGCACAAAGAGCAAAAAUUACUCGUUAAGCUUUGAUCCUUCGGAGGAAGUUGAAACUUAUAGCUCUUCAGAUGUCAUGUUCGCCUCCGUACGUCGUUGUCCAGUGGUUGAAGGCACAACCAGAGUGCUUUUAUCUAAAGUGAGGCCACAAAAAAACAGUGAACAGCGUAUUGAUUUGAUGUUCACUUUGCCAGAAGAAGUGGUGUGUGAAUACUACGCUGUCAAAUCUGGCGCAAAAUCUCAACAUCCACAGAAGGUCAAAAGUCCUUCAAAAUUGGGUUUACUCUUUAACCAACCGGAAUGUCCCCCUGCUUUUCGGAAACUACAAAUUUCAAGGCAGGUAAUGCUUCUCCUGGGAGCUAGCACGACCAUAUGCGAACCAUUAGAGAACCAGUUGGAUUUGCUGAAACAAUCACUUGAUGGUUACUGUGCAGUCGUAACGCCCGACGAGACUACGGUGGAAAAUGGUCCUCAGCAUUCCUCCGAAUCCGAAUGGGGAAUACCCAGCGAAUUCUUAUGUCCACAAGGAUUUCGUCCUAAUGAACUACAUUUUACCCAGCCAGUAUUUCGUCUCAAGUUAUGCUGCACUGGACAGUCGAAUGAGUUAAGAAAACAGGAGUCCAUGAAAGCUGGCGAGCCGGACAGGAUACAGUUCCCGUCUAGCUUUAAUUAUCCAUUUAGCCUCAUCAGAAACGGAGAACGAUGCCCAACGAUUUACGCUGGAUCGAUAAAGCUUAAUUUGAUUCAGUACACGCGCCCAAUUCCAGCCUCUACAGUAGACAACCUUGAGCUUAUUGGUACGGACGACCCAGUGGCCCCGUCUGACACGCUUGGGAUCACUGUAUGCCAAUACCUAAGCCAAAACAUGAAAGUUGGUGUCAAAUCACUAAAUUACGACUGCGAUGGUCUGGGAAAUCUAUCGUCUAUGACCUAUGACGGUGCCACCUGUGGAUUCGAGGUGAACGAAACGUUUAUAUUCCCACCAGGCAAAUACUGUCUUCUGCAGCUAUCGGCCUCGUGCCCUUCAGGUUUCACUCAUCGUAGUGGUAUGAUGCGUCUUGGAUUCAGCUUGCAAGCGCUUGGUAACACGUGCUGCCGAACUGAGGAGACUAUUGGAGCGAUUCGACUUCCUAUUAAGAUGGCAGCGCCCUUCAAACUACCUGCUGUAUAUCGCCCGUGCCAAGCUAUUGAGAAUUUCAACGUUGACGCCGAGUUACAUCACUGUGUGUACUAUCCACAAGGAGAAACACCGCAGGCCCUGAUAAUGUGGCCCAGAAUAGUAGGAAAAGUUGUCGCAGAUCCGAUGAGUAAGGAAGAUUACAAUAUCAGUGCGACGACGGCUGUAUCAACCCCAAUGAGUUGUGCAGUCAUGCCACGCAAAAGGAAGAAAGUACAACGAGGUCAACUGGGUAGGCUCACAACUCUGUUCUUUAGCAUGAUGCAGGAUCAGUGGCUGAUUUACAAACGACCACGGUGGACAAACACGAUGAUCGAAAAUGGUGAUGUAUGUUUCAUUGAAGUUCCUUGGUCACUGCUGCCGCCUGAAAGCCAAGAUGAGAGAAAAUAUUGCAUAUUUGCAUUCGGAUCAUGCCCCAAACCACGUGAGUACGUGGAGAGAAAAGUAAUGAAAUACUCGCUGUCUAUCUGA